UUUUAUUUUUUUUUAAAUGCACUGCUUUCAGUGCAGCUACCAUAACGCCUAUACUAUUUAGUGGAGCUCAUUUAAUGGGACGGGAAAGUACAGCUUUGUCUUGAGUGUGUAGCGCUCUGUGGCUUAAUCUAGUGUUGCUGUAGGUGUGCGCAGUGGGGCAGUGAGUGUGCAUUGGCCGCAGGAUGAGGAGCGCAGUGAGGCUGCUGGUGCUCGGGUUCUAUCUCGGGUUCCCUGUCAGAGCAGCCAGCCAUGCUGAGUGUGAAGGUAGUGAGCUCUGUGCAUGCCUUCCCUGGGCGCAGCUGGCAGCACGUGGAAUCCCUGCCUCACUGUGGGGAGAAAACUAAAAAAAUUAACUAUUUAAUAACCCUGUGCACAGUUAAUCAUGGAGGGAUUAUAUCGGUAUUCUCAGUCACCAUUAAAUAUUUUCUUCCACUCAGUAACUGUAAAGGAAUAGUGCCAUCAACAUAACUAUUGUAUGCUGCAGUAGUUAUGGUGCUAGGAGGCUGCAGUUACUCAGCCACUGAGCAAGUUUAACCAAAACAAUGGGUUCCAGACCCUUCUCUCAAGUAUUACUAAUGAGAAGUUUCCCGUGCACAUUAGAAGUAUCAGUUUAUUUAAUAUCUGGCUGAGUGUGUUAGUCUUAGUGAUUUGCAGUUUUGGUCCAACAAAACGAACCAAGAAAUGGCUUUAGAAUUACUACGGCCACAUGUUGUAGUUUUGGUGGUUAGACUAUCCCUUUAAUGCUUCUUGCUACAUGUAUGCUGCUCAUCAGCAUGAAUAAUGUGAAAGAAGUUGAAAAAAUAUAGUCAUCUGUCAUGCAGAAUGCACGUGCUUGUUUUUAUUAUCUUACUAAUGCUAAUGUUCCAUCGUAAUUCACAGUGGUGCAUAAUUCAUAUUAUACAGCAAUUUUAAAGGCAAAAUAAAUAAACUUUGUUAUUAGUAUUUAUAAAGCGGCAACAAAUUCUGCAGCACUGUACAGCGGGUGGACUAACAGACACGUAUUUGUAACCAGAUGAGUUGGAAAACCGGAACAGAGACGGUUGAGGGCCCUGCUCAAAUGAGCUAACAUUCUAGAUGCAGUAGGGUAAAGUGAUACAAAAGGUACUACAGGGUAGAACAAAUUCCCCUUCAUGCUUUUACAGUGAGUGUGUUAGGUUUAGCAAUCAGUCCAAGGACUGGCCAUCGUCUGACAUUUUAUGAAGAGGUCCUAUGGACCGCAUAAUUACAUUUAUAUUCCCCUCAAGUGCCAUACAAUGGUAAGGGAAUGUUAGAGCAGGUCUUCUCUAUUUAUUUGUAUAUGAGUUGUGUUUAAUUUUUUUUUUAAGGAAACUUGGCAGACUCUUUGUCUUGAAGGAGCUAAAUGCAAAACACACCAACUCACUCAUACAUUGGAAUGAGAUUACAAACUAAAGUUUGGCUGUGGCUGAAUAAGUGUCAAAACAGAUGUCGGUAGAGUUUUAGUUACAGUGAGUAGGUUAUAGCAUUGCCUUUGUAGUGCCAUCAAGCCUUUCCAAGGAUACUUUGAGAGUUACAGAAAAUUAUUACUAUACAUGCAUUUAUGUUUCAAACAUUUAGCUUUUUUUUCUUUUUGGUGGAUAUUGCAUUUUGCAUGAAAUAAAAUGUUUGUUUAUUUUGUCUGACAGUCUGAUGUGUUUUAUUUUUAUGUAUGGAGUGAUGUAUAUGUCACAUAACCGGUUUGCAAAUAUUACUCACAGCUUAUCUGUCAUGGUAUACAUGUCUGUUUACACUUAAAUGGACACACAAAGCACCCAAUACUUAGACCACUUCAUCACAUUAAAGUGUUCUGGGUGCAGUGCCCUUGUUCCUUUGCAGUUUUUAUGAAACUGCAAUAUUUACAUUAAAGUGUAAAGAGUGACUCUGGUGUCUACCUACCAGACAACCACUUGAGGCAUUCCCUGCAGUUUCACAGAGUUUGACACUAUGAAACAAUGCUGGGUGUCCUCCUGCUGUGCGGGAAGUCCAGCGUCUAGAAAAUCCUCAUAAGAAAAUAUUGGGGGAAGGAGGUAUGCACAUGGUCAUCAGGUUACCCCCCCCCCAACUGUGGAGGAAGAGCGCAAUUCGGUGAUGGAAUCAGGUAAGUGUAAAAACUGUAUUUUGAUCCCCUGUAAUUUGCAAUGGGGGUGGCAGAGGGCACUAUAGUGUUAGGAAAACAGUUUUUUAUUACUGACAUUAGUUUUACUUUGAGUUAUAGAAGAAACUAUUUAUAUACAUUGUACUAGCAUAAUUGCUACAUUUGGUCAUUAAGUUCACUGGGCACAAAGUGCUAUGUAGUACUGACUGCAUGUAUUGUAGUUGAUGUGAUUAUGAAUUGAAGCUAGCUAGAUCUUUUGCUGCAUAUUAGCUAAUAUUUUUCUCACAUCUUUUGUUUAAAAUGCAUCAUUACCAGGCACACCCUUAACUUUUGGGGGCCCAUGGCAAGGAUGUUUGUGGGUGUCCUCCUUUAAGGGUCCAACAGGCCUUGAAUAUUCCAAAGGCUGAGCAGGAAUAAGUGGUGCUAUUCCACUCAAAGGUCUUUCAGUGCCCUCUUACAACUCUCACCAGAAUCAACAAGCAGCCAUUCUGUAAUAUUAGAAUGCCCAUGCUAUAAGAGAACAGGACUCCAUUUCUAAUGUAACAAAUUAUACUGACAGAUUGUGUUUUCUUGAAUGAAUAAAAGCUAGCACAUUCUGAAACUUCUAAGCAAAUGUAGGGCUAGAUUAUCUCUGAAGGUUUUACAACCUCCUACCACACUAACGACUAAGAACUACUAAUAGUAUUUAAUAAAAAGUGACUCUAUAUUCUAAAAACUACAAAAGAAAUGUGUCCAAAACAUUAAAAAAUAAUAAUAAUUUGUAGAUUGUAGUCUUUUAAUUAGAGUUCUAAAAUUGUUUUGCAAACAGGGUAUUUAGUAAAGUGAGAAUUUCAAUUUUAAGGCCAGAGUAGCUGACUUUCUCUAGUUUAGCUAUUGUGACACCCGUUUGAAAUUCACAUGUUCUUGUCUAUGCUAUUGUCACUACAUUAUUAAAACAUGCUGUGCAUAACUGGUGUCCAGGGCUUUCUCAAAGCAUUUCUCAAGUCUGGCAUAAUGUCAAAAGAAGUCACACAAUAUCUACCAAAAUUCAUACAUCUACUUUACACUGCUUAAUUUGUUGUGAUGCUUCAUGUGUAGAAAUCUGUAUUUAUCAUACCAGAUUGUAAUGUAAAAGGUAGAACAUGCACAAAUAAUGUAUGGAGAUUAAAAGUGAAAGAAUACCUCUUUAUUCGAUAUUGCAGAGCUGAAAUAAAAUAAUUAUUGAUGAUUCAUAGCACUGAUGUCGUGUCUAACAAGUCCAUUAUGCUGGCCAUCAGAACAUCAGAAGUGUUUCAUACUAAAGCGAUAGGAAUUCAAAGGGAAUUUCAAAUUUAAGGUGAAACUGAAAAUAUUUCUUCAAGUCAGCUAUGCUUCUGUUUUGGCUACUGCGGCAUUAAAUUUGAAAUUCAUCUGACUAAAGUUAAUUUUAAACUUUAGACCAAAACCCCGAACAGGAAGCACAUCUGAUUUUGAUAUUUUUUUUUUCCAAUUCAGCUUUUUGGCCCUUAUGUUUUAUAUUCACAUGGAAUUCUCACUUUCACUGGGAUAUUUACUAAACACCAGAUAAUGUCUGAAUGGAUAAAAUCUGGUGAAAAUACCAUUGCUGGCCAGACGUAGAAAAGGCCCAAUCCCUUUAUAUAAAUAUUAGGGCCCUCAUCAUCAACUCCAGGAUUUUGCAGUCCAAAUGGGCCCCGUAUGCACCUGGAUGGUUUUGUUCUAUUUGGACCUAAGUGAACAACCCUGUUAGUAUAUAAUCCUGCAAAUGUAACAUAUACAAAAUGUGCUCCAUUCCUUAACCAAUGACUGUCACUGUUGGGUCAUAUCGCACCAAGAUAAUUUCCCUCUGUAUUAUGUCAUUUUUAGUGCAUGACCCCAACCUGAUAAUUUGUCCGGUGGGUGGGGCUCAGUGUAAAAGAAAAUGUAUUUUUUAAGACGUAUACUAAUUUGGCAAAGCUCAAGCUACAACCAUUUUAAAGUCUGACCAAGCUCUGAACCAAAUAGCCAGACAAAGUUCAGAACAUGUGCAAACACUGUGCAUGGCAAACCUCACCAUGUGAAGGAGAGUGGUGUGUCUUUGCACAUACAUAUGUUAAAAUACAGCAGAAUUCAUUUACACUUAAACAUGGAUGAUGGAUGCUGGCUCUGUAUUGUAAUGGCAUGCUCCAAAGUUACAUUGAGGCAAGCAGAGAGAUUUAAGGUUUAGGGCAGAUCAGGUAGACCCCAAUAAUGCUGCCAUAAGUGAUAUAAGGGGCAAGGGUGCAUGACCCAUGUCCAAAAGCGCUCCGAAAAUACUACUCAACGCAGACCUCUUCAGAGAUAGACAAUAGGUGAAUCAGGCAUGUCCUCAGUAUCGUAGUACUGCAGCCCUGUGUCCAGCAUCCUGACACAAAAUUACAAUGCUAAUGCGCGUAAAAAAUAUGACCGUCCACCAAUCUCAAAUUAAAGAACAAACCUGAGAAUGCACCCGCACCUGCUGCCAAAAAACAGACAUUUACAAAGGUCAAUAUUAUAUAGCUAACAAAUUACUUCAAAAAAGAUAAAGCAUAAUAACAAACUAUUUUCCCAGUGGGCUGUUGCAUUUCUGUAAGUGGAUUUGGACAAAUGUAGCACCUGGCCAGGCAGAAUGACUUGUGAAAUUUAAUAUAGACAAAUGCAAUGUUCUGCAUUUAAAAAAAUAAAAUGGCAACUCUUACUGUAAAAGGUGUUGAAUUAUAAAUAUUGUUAAGAGAGAGGUAUUUGAUGGCAAAAGUAAGCAGACACCACAAAACAGACACACUGGAACAUCCAUAUCAGUGAUCUCAGAAGACGAGUCUAGCGAGACCCAGGUUGGUCUCUAAUGAUUUGACUACUUACAGUAGGACAGCACAUUUCUGACACCUUAACCAUCUCAGAGUGCUGCAAUGGUUAUGAUGACUAGAGUGUCUGUUUGUAUAUCUGUAUGAACAGACAUAACACACCAUACUCACAUAUGCAUGCAUAACUAGUCACACACAUAUAUUUGACUGUCACACUUAAAGGAACACUAUAGGGUCAGGUACACAAUCAUGUAUUCCUGACACUCAAGUGUUAAAAACACUGUGUAGCAUACCUCUGCCUCCCUCAAUAUUGUAAAAUCUUACUUUUGUUCAUGUCUGCUGCUGCUGGCUCUGCCCUUGAUCUGCCUUCUUGCAUGACAUCAUCAGAAGUGGCGAUCUCAGCCAAUCACAAUGCUUUCCAAUUGUCUCAGAUUGUCAAGGAAGUAGAUCAGGAGCAGAGCCAGCACAAGUCAAACACAGCCCUGACCAAUAAGCAUCUCUCAUGCAUUGAAUCAAUGUAAGUCUAUGAGGAAAGUUCUGUAUCUGCAUGCAGAGGGUGAAGACACUCAAUGGCAGUGCUGCUCACUAGGCAGUACUGACACAGGAAGCACCUCUAGUACAGUUUCUUUAAAUAAAAAAAAAACAAAAAACAGUGUUUACUGCAAAAAGCCUAAAGGGAAUGAUUAUACUCACCAGAACAAAUACAAUAAGCUGUAGUUGGUCUCGUGACUAUAGUGUCCCUUUAACCACACAAAUAUGCACACCCAACAAUAUUCACACAUGUAUAGACAUAAUUAGCCACACUUACACACCUACUUGCUCUCAAAUAUCUACUUUCUCUAAUGCAGCUUAUCUCACAAUAAGGAGAAGGAAGAUUAAGAGUUUCUGGUCUGGAAUCCCUGGUAUUUAUGUGGAGGGAACAGGAGAGCUGUCGAUUGCUGACUAGGACCUUUUUUAGAAAUGCUGUGGAAGCACUGGGAGCUGACAGGAGGAGAGCAAAUAGAUGGCCCUAUGUAAACAGAAAAGCAAUGAAAAUCUUACCAUUUUAGGCCCAGGCUUAGUUCUAUCUGCAAAUAAACCCCCCCAGACAGUCAGUGUGCAAUACUAGGCACCAAAUGCAAAGUUUCCACUUGAAUAUGCAGUGACCACUUCUCACACUGAAUUGAACAAUCCUGUUGGAAACAUAAGUGCAGAAGUGGUCACUGCAUGUUCAAGUGGAAACUUUGCAACAGGAUUGUUCACUUAAGUGUGAGAUGUCAAGAAUUCAAAAUGACUUUAUAGUGAAUAUGAAAUUUAGGUCCAACAGCAUAAUAAAAAAAUAAAAAAAAGUCAGCUAUGCUUUGAAUCUAGCUAUUGUGGCCUAAAGUUUGAAUUUCUGUUUAUACGGCCUAGUCACACAUUCCUGCGAGUGACUUACACAGCCUUCCUAAACACUUUGUGUAACAAGUCAGCUAAUGUUUAAACAUCCUUUAUUGCAGUCUGUUUAAUUUCUUAUCUCCUGCUCUAUUAAUAGCUCUCUAGACCCCAUAGGAGCCUUCUGUUUGUGAAUAAAGUUCAAUUUACCGAGCAGUAGGUAAAAACAUCUAAAGCAAGUUAACAUCCACUUGAAAAAUAAAACCUUUUUUUCAUGCAGGCUGUGCGAGUAACAGCCAGGGAAGAUGUGACUAGGGCUGUAUAAUUAGAAACAAAAACUAUUUAACUCCUAAAUGGCAGAAAAUUGAGCAGUGAGACUGCAGAGGUAUGCUCAAUACACCAAAACUGCUUCAGUAAGCUAAAGUUGUUUUGACGCCCAUAUUGUCCCUUUAAGUAUAAUGUAUGUAUAAUGUGUGUAUAAUGUGCUUGGUUUGAAUAAUGAAACCAUCACUGUAUGAGUUUGAUUCAUGGUUCAUGUUGUGAUUUGCAUGGAAUGAUUUGCAGCAAUAACUGUAUUUUGGACAUUGAAAAAAUGUUUUAUUUAAAUUAGAACUUAAAAUAUUUAUUAGCAAUACUAUGAAUGCAUAUAAUUAAUUUUUAAACUAUCAUAUUUGUCUGUUUUUUUUCUCAGUGUGCAAAGAAUAUUUGGGAAGAUUUUACAACUCUUUGACAAAAAGAAAUAUUGACCUUACACCAGCUUCCAUAGAGAGAGAAUUAAUUAAUACCUGUAAAGGCUCUACAGGAAAAGAAAACCGUCUGGUAUAACCCUUUAUGGUGUAUUCCGUAUGUAACUAGUCUGAGAGUAAAACUCUGAUGUAAAAUAUCAAUACCCCAUUUAAGUACUUAUAUUUAAAAUAUAUAUUUUUUUCUUCUGGAAAAGCAAAAACAUUUUUACAUUAUUAAUAAUUAUGUUCUUUAAAAGUUGAACUGUCACUUAUAGGACCAUUGUUUAGUAUACAUUAUAUUGACCUAAUGACAGUUUCUAAAAGUGGCGAUUUCUAUUAGAAACACUGCACAGUUUUCAAUCAAACAACCAGGGGGAAGCAGCAGGAAGGCUCUACUUGAGCACACGCCUGCCUCCUCCCCGGAUACCUCCUUGUCAGAGGGGGAUAGGUCUUGCAAAGGCUGAAGUUAUAAAAACUACUACUUUUGCAAUCUCUUUUAAGAUAUAGCCCCAAUGAAACAUACACUGAACAAAAUUAUAAACGCAACACUUUUGUUUUUGCCCCCAAGAACUAAGACUUUUUCUAUAUACACAAAAGGCUUAUUUCUCUCAAAUAUUGUUCACAAAUCUUGGUAAAUCUGUGUUAGUGAGCAUUUCUACUUUGCCAAGAUAAUCCAUCUACCUCACAGGUGUGGCAAAUCAAGAUGCUGAUUAGACAGCAUGAUAAUUGCACAGGUGUGCCUUAGGCUUGCCACAAUAAAAGGCCACUCGCAGUUUUAUCACACAGCACAAUGCCACAGAUGUCGCACGUUUUGAGGGAGCGUGAAAUUGUCAUCCUGACUGCAGGAAUGUCCACCAGAGCUGUUUCCCUUGAAUUGAAUGUUCAUUUCGCUACCAUAAGCCAUCUCCAAAGGCGUUUCAGAGAUUUUGGCAGUACAUCCAACCAGAUUCAAAACCGCAGACCAUGUGUAACCAUACCAGCCCAGGACCUCCACAUCCAGCAUCUCUACCUCCAAGAUCAUCUGAGACUAGUCACCCGGACAGCUGCUGCAACAAUCAGUUUGCAUAACCAAAUAAUUUCUUCACAAACUGUCAGAAACCGUCUCAGGGAAGUUCAUCUGCAUGCUUUUCGUCCUCAUCGGGGUCUCGACCUGACUGCAGUUCGUCGUCGUAACCGACUUGAGUGGGCAAAUGCUCACAUUCCAUGGUGUCUGGCACUUUGGAGAGGUGUUCUCUUCGCAGAUGAAUCCCGGUUUUGACCUUACAGGGCAGAUGGCAGACAGCGUGUAUGGCGUUGUGUGGGUGAGCAGUUUGCUGAUGUCAACUUUGUAGAUCAAGUGGAGGUGGGGUUAUGGUAUGGGCAGGUGUAUGUUAUGGAAAAUGAACACAGGUGCUGUAACGGAUCGUUUCUCUCACAAGAGGAUAAAAACCGUUUAGGCGAUAAUCCCCUUUCCCAUAGACCAGCAGCUACUGCAAUCACCAAUCUCCCGAAUUCCAAACUGUACGAAUCCCCAACUCCCGAACAGGAAACACACAAACCCUGGAAGCAGCCGAACAGGAAAAGCCCUAAGAACAGCUUACACUCCUGGCAAUCUGCAUACAGUCAAAUUCCCCCCAAGAAUGAGACAACACUUCACUUGGAGGGUUAAACAGGAACAACCCUGAUUUAUUCACACAACAGGCUUAUAAAGGAUUCUCCCAUGCAAGGGAGGGAUUUACAACAAUUACACAAUACACCAAUCACACAUGAGUUACCUCCCACAAUGCCUCACAAUCCCUCCCCUCUGGCCUGGAGAUAAUUGGGGAAGGAAUCUAAUUAUCUCCCAGGACAGAGGAAAAACUCCAUUACCCACAUGGCAGACAAAAAGACAGUAAAAGACAUAAAAUUACAUACUGAUACAUUUAGUACAUAAAACACACAUUUCUACACAUCCCCAGAUAGCUUUGAUCUGAGCACACAUUAUUAGAUGAAUGGCACUCAGCUCACACGAAUAAGCCUUUCUGCAGGGAAAAUAAAUGGUUUAACCUGCAGGGCCAUAGUCCAAAGGGAGCAGGCGAGCAACCAGGCUUCUCCAGUUCACAGUGGCGAGGUUGGUUUCGCCACACUUCUCCCCUUUACCAACUGGACUAACAGGGUAUCUGACCUCCUGCCGGUCAGUGCCCUGGUUAGUCCAGCAACCCACCCACAAAACAGAAACAGCAGUACAGCCCACCCACAAUAACUGGUUACUACACCUGGGUAGAGGAGAGCUUUGUCCAUGUCCAGGUGCCUCACUACGACUGUGUGGGGAACUGUUAGGCUGCCUUGGUGGGUUGCUGAGUGGGCAGAGACUAGCGGUACUCUGCCCUGGUGCCAGUACUACCGCGGAAGUAGUCUGGUUGGAGCCUGGUUGUGGGAGGGAGAGACCGACUGUCUCCCCUCUGGAUAUAUCGCUCAGUGGCUGGGGGACAGGACCGACCGUCCUUACCCCUUGUGCUGCAAGUACAGAGACUACGGUCCCAUCUGCACCGUUCGGGGGUGUAACAUCUCCCCUUGGUGGGUUAGGCUGCCGCUUGAGAGAGGGUGUAACAAGCUCCUCUCUCUGGACUCUAAAAACUGCUGCUGGGGAGAGGGGGUAUCAGGCUCCUCUCCCUGACACUCUCUCUGCUGGUGGAGAGGGGGACCAGCUGUCUCCCCUUUCAUUAUCUUGUCCUGCGGCUGGGGGGCAAGACUGACAGUCCCUGCUCCCUGCAGGACAUUCUGCCGCUGGGGAGGUAGGACAACACCUUCAGCUCCCUGGGGUACACACUUCCGCUGGGGAGGAAGGACUACACCUUCUGCUCCCUGGGAUAUACACUGCCGCUGGGGAGGAAGGACGGCACCUUCAGCUCCCUGGGGUACACACAGCCGCUGGGGAGGAAGGACAACACCUUCAGCUCCCUGGGAUACACACUGCCGCUGGGGAGGAAGGACUGCACCUUCUGCUCCCUGGGAUAUACACUGCCGCUGGGGAGGAAGGACGGCACCUUCAGCUCCCUGGGACACACACUGCCGCUGGGGAGGAAGGACGGCACCUUCAGCUCCCUGGGACACACACUGCCGCUGGGGAGGAAGGACGGCACCUUCAGCUCCCUGGGACACACACUGCCGCUGGGGAGGAAGGACUGCACCUUCUGCUCCCUGGGACACACACUGCCACUGGGGAGGAAGGACCACACUUUCAGCUCCCUGGGACACACACUGCCGCUGGGGAGGAAGGACGGCACCUUCAGCUCCCUGGGACACACACUGCCGCUGGGGAGGAAGGACGGCACCUUCAGCUCCCUGGGAUACACACUGCCGCUGGGGAGGAAGGACUGCACCUUAUGCUCCCUGGGACACACACUGCCGCUGGGGAGGAAGGACGACACCUUCAGCUCCCUGGGGUACCCUUUUGAGUCCCCGUAACGCACUCUGCCACCGGAUAGGGCGGCCGAUACCUUUGGCUGGAUAUGCCAUGAACUGCAGGUACUCGACUACCUGGCUCCUUACGAACUGCACGCAUCUCUCUGGGGGGUUGGGUCCAAAGAAAGCCAUCCGCGUGGUAAAUUCUCUGUCAUACUGCUCCUGAGUGUAGCUGGGUGCCAUGCUUGCCCUGCUGCCCUCCAUUUGUAAGUCCAGGAGGUGGUGUUACCUUGUAGCUGUCCUUCUGGGCUGUGGGAAUGAUCCCGUCGCUUGCCACCAAUUGUAACGGACCGUUUCUCUCACAAGAGGAUAAAAACCGUUUAGGCGAUAAUCCCCUUUCCCAUAGACCAGCAGCUACUGCAAUCACCAAUCUCCCGAACUCCAAACUGUACGAAUCCCCAACUCCCGAACAGGAAACACACAAACCCUGGAAGCAGCCGAACAGGAAAAGCCCUAAGAACAGCUUACACUCCUGGCAAUCUGCAUACAGUCAAAUUCCCCCCAAGAAUGAGACGACACUUCACUUGGAGGGUUAAACAGGAACAACCCUGAUUUAUUCACACAACAGGCUUAUAAAUGAUUCUCCCAUGCAAGGGAGGGAUUUACAACAAUUACACAAUACACCAAUCACACAUGAGUUACCUCCCACAAUGCCUCACAAUCCCUCCCCUCUGGCCUGGAGAUAAUUGGGGAAGGAAUCUAAUUAUCUCCCAGGACAGAGGCAAAACUCCAUUACCCACAUGGCAGACAAAAAGACAGUAAAAGACAUAAAAUUACAUACUGAUACAUUUAGUACAUAAAACACACAUUUCUACACAUCCCCAGAUAGCUUUGAUCUGAGCGCACAUUAUUAGAUGAAUGGCACUCAGAUCACACGAAUAAGCCUUUCUGCAGGGAAAAUAAAUGGUUUAACCUGCAGGGCCAUAGUCCAAAGGGAGCAGGCGAGCAACCAGGCUUCUCCAGUUCACAGUGGCGAGCUUGGUUUCGCCACAGGUGCAUUUUAUUAAUGGAAAUUUGAAUGCACAGAGAUACCGUGACGAGAUCCUGAGGCCCAUUGUUGUGCCAUUCAUCCACGACCAUCACCUCAUGUUUCAGCAUGAAAAUGCACGGCUCCAUGUUGCAAGGAUCUGUACACAAUUCCUGGAUAGUGAUGUCCCGAACUGUUCGCCGAACGGUUCGCCACGGACUCAUCAUUGAGUAAACUUUGACCCUGUACCUCACAGUCAGCAGACACAUUCCAGCCAAUCAGCAGCAGACCCUCCCUCCCAGACUCUCCCACCUCAUGGACAGCUCACUAAGAAUGCAGCUUCACAAUGGAUGCUGUCCAGGAGGUGGGAGGGUCUGGGAUGGAGGGUCUGCUGCUGAUUGGCUGGAAUGUGUCUGCUGACUGUGAGGUACAGGGUCAAAGUUUCUGGGCACGAAGGACGUUGUUCUCUCCGGGUCCCAGGAGCGCGACGUCGAGGGGGUUGCCUGUUGCUGUGGUCACCGUUUGAAGAUGGCAACCACCAAAAUACUCUGACCUGUGCCAGGCUGGAGCAGCAUGUGAUGUCAUAGACAGGGCCUUUUGUACACCUGCUAAUGUUUUUCUAAAUGUAUGUUUUAAUGUAACUGUGAAGCACUUUGGGCAACAACGUUGCAAUUAAAUGUGCUAUAUAAAUAAAUAAUAACAGUUACUCUGCACACUCCAGUUGUAGACUACUGGUGGAGGCAAGAACACUUCACACAAUUUCCCCAGAAAUUGUAGCUUUUCUAGUUUUUAUUAUUUUUAUAAUUCUUUAUUUUUGCAUUGCAUGAUAAUACAAGGUACAGCCCGUGUGGCCCCAAACAGCCACCAGAGAGUAGUGAUGAACAUUUGAUAACACAGAGCAGUCAGGCAAAUAUGCAUCCUACAUUAUGUGAUAUCAUCUAAUUGUGCACAUUGUUUUUAGUGGUGUGGUGUGGUGUGAAAGUCAGGCUGGUUAAGACAGGGUCAGUACCCAACUAAGGCCGGCUUGUUAACAUUAGCAGGUUCGUCUAGCAAGCGCGGUUGUGUGUAAGCGCAUGACAUGACAUGAGAAAAGAGAAAACAAAUAUCACUAUAACAACGAUAACAUCGCAGUACAGUGGGUCAGAAUAUAAGUGAACCGCAUUAGUCGUCAGUGGUUUGCCUGUCGUUGGGUUGUCAAUCGUGCGGUCCACCUUCGCCAGGACCUAGGGGAGCAGGUAGUGCGUGAGUGUGUCUCCUUUUAGUUGGGGUACCGUCUGUGGCAUUUUUAGGGUAAGGAUAUCCGGGGCAGGCAGGUCCGCUCUUAGUUGUGAGGGGGUGUUGUGGCGUGUGAGUCGCAUCUCACACGUUGUAGUGUGGGCAUGUGCUCUUCCCGGGUAGCCGGGAGAUCUGCUGUGGAGCCGGCUGGGUGGGAUUGUGACCCCUAACCAUGGUGGUUACAGGGGAGAGGGGGUAUUAUGGAGCUCGUGAGUGCUUGUGGCGCUCGCGUGGAUGGUAAGAGCUCACGGAAUGCCAUUGAAGCCACCUGGGGCCUAUUGGUACUGUGCCCAGUGUGAGGGGCGUUAAAGUGUAUGGGAAGUGUGUAGUCCACAGUGGAGUGAAACAUUAAAGGAACAAAAAAGGCAACUAAAUAAAACAUGAAAUGUUUGUGUCGAUGUAUCAGUUCAAGUUGGAGCCCCUCUCCUCUCUGCGUUUCUGGGCACGAAGGACGUUGUUCUCUCCGGGUCCCAGGAGUGCGACGUCGAGGGGGUCGCCUGUUGCUGUGGUCACUGGAGGAUCCCCAGUGCACGCAGGAGCGGUUCUGCCUCCUGUAGUGAGGUGAGAGUGAAAGUGGUGCCUUCCUUGAUCACUGUUAGAGAUCUCGGCAAUGUCCAUUUAUAUUCAAUGUCGGCGUCACGCAGCUGGCUUCUUACUGGGCCCAACGAUCUUCUCCAUAAUAAUGCUCCGGGUUAAGUCCUGAAAGAAGGUUAGGUGGGAUGACUCGAAAGCAAGUGGAGUCUUUCCUUUGACUGCAGAGAGAAGCCUGAUUUUGUCGGCCACAGAGUGGCACAUUAUAAUGACAUCCUGUGAUGCAGUGGGUGGUGCUUGUCUUGGCUUUCGUAUGCGAAAGAAGCCGUCUAGCAUGAGCUUUUUCGCUUGGGCGUGCGGUAGAAGUGUGUCUGUGAGGCAUCUAUGGUAGUGGGGCAGUUUAGUAGGGUCUAUUCUCUCUGGGAUCCACCAUAUUUUUAUGUUAGUCAGCCUAGUGCGGUUCUCAGCCACAUCCACCCUUGUAGGGAGGGAAGUUUGCAUUUGUUGGACAUGCUCCUUUAGCCGUUGUACCUCCUGCAUCAGGUCUAGUAUGUCCUCCUCCUAGGCCUGCGUGCGUGCAGUCACCUGGAUUGCGGUCUUUAGCAUGUCAAGAGCCGCUGAGUGCAUUUGUCUCAAUUCCAUGAGCAGGUCCGCAAUGUCUUGCUUGGUGGCCGGGGUGUGCUUGUCCCGACUGGCUGGUGUCUCCAAUGUUGGCUGGAAAGGAGAGAACUCCGGCAUCUCCACAUGUUGUUCUUCUUUGUCUCGUGAGGCCGGCUCGUGGUCUGGAGAGGCCACCAUCUUGGGCGCCAUUUGUCGUUGGAGCAGUGUGCCAAUACCUUGCGUGUCUCUGUUAGUGACCAAGGUUGGCCUUUGGGACGGUCACCCCAUAGUGUGGCUGUCUGUUUCGGCUGAACUGGUCUGUUGUGGGGUGCCGGUGCUCGGUCUCUGCGUGAGGCUGUCAAGCGCAAGCUUGGCAGUUAUGAACUUGGUGUAGGCCCCUGUUCACCGUCGGGUCUUCUUACCCGUUUGUGGGAACAAAAAAGACAUUAGUGGGUUGUCUGUCUUCGUGGGGUAACCUAGGGGGUGGUUGUGCGUUUCGAUGGAGCUGAGGGGUCCCAGAUUGGUAUGGAUUUGAUGUCGUUUGUACGGAGCUCUGCAGGAUUGCGGCCAUUCAAGUCAGGCUCCGCCGCCCUUUCUGAUAUUAUUUUUAAACCUUUGUCCCUCUAAUUUAAGACUAUAUCCUCUUGUUGUGGUAGUUUUUCUUCUUUUAAAUGUACUUUUCUCCUUACUGUGCUGAUUACCUUUAUGUAUUGUAAUGUUUCUAUCAUAUUCCCCGUCUCAUCUUUCCUCCAGGCUAUACAUGUUAAGCUCCUUUACUUGAGACAAAUUGAGACAAAGAUAAAUCUGAAUUGAAAAAAAAUGGAUCACUAAUCAGUCACUCGUCUGCAAGCAGUUUUCUUCAGUACUGUGUUGCUUUCCUCUUUUUCAGUUUAUUUAUUUUUUGAUUGCUUUUUUCUUUUGAUAUUCAUUUGUUACCAGUGAAUUAUAUUAUACUUGCAAAAGGGCUCCACGACUGUGCAUUUCUUAUAGGCACAGUCUUGUGUGAUUUUCCCUCUUGCUAUAUUCUGUGGACUUUUGGACUUAUACUAAGAAAGUAUUCAGGACUAUUUUAUCUGAGUUCUUUUUUGAAUGUACAUGUACCCAAUCCACUGUGGUGCUCAAUUUAACCCCUUAAAGACACAUGACGGAAAUAUUCCGUCAUGAUUCCCUUUUAUUCUAGAAGUUGUGUCCUUAAGGGGUUAAGAUAUAUUGUAGUUUUAUUAUCAUUUGUGAUUUUUAACUCAUUAGCUCCUGGGAACUCUACAAGUGUAUUAUUUUUAUAAGUGAGAUUGUUUUACUUGUCUUUAUAGGGAGAAUUGGUGAACCUCCCCCCACUUCCAGUUUAAGAGCUAUUUAUUGUAUCAUUUAACUAGCUGUGAAUUUGAUACUUCUACUCCCUCUACCGCUAAAACCAGAUUAUUCUGUAUUAUAGGCACUUUCUAUCUCUACUUGUCUGUAAAUGAUUAGGAAGAUUAUUGUGAUCAUUGCCCCAGGGCAAAUUUCCUCUAUGCACCCCCAAUGGCCUAGGGUUAGUUUGGGGGUUUCGCUUCGACAUGUUAAUGUAACUAGUAAGGAUAUAAUUGAGCGCUGAAUGCGACUAGGUGGAUGGUUGGAUGAUAAGUGGGACUGGGUUGGGAGAGUGUGUGUGUGUAUGUGGAGGUUGCUUGUGGUGUUGUAUGUUCGUGGGGGAGGCUGCUUGUGGUGUUGUGUGGGGUGACUGUUUGUUGUUUCAUUGUAAGGGUAGGCUAGUUGAGGUGUUGCUUGUUUCUGGUGAUGCUACUUUGUGGGUUGUGUGUGUGGGGUAUGCUUCUUUUAAGAUGGUGAGUGUGGUUGAAAUGCUGCUUAUAGGAUUGCAUAUGUGGGAGAGGGAAUGAUAUGGGGUUGUGUGUUGGAUGCAGCUUUUCGCAGUGUAGUAUGUGUGUAUGCGUGUAAAUAGGGGCUGUGUGUGGAUAGAAGCUCUAGUGUGUAUGUGCUGAGUGGGAUAGGGGCUGUAGUUUGUGUAUUGGGGAGGAUAGUGGCUGCAGGGUAUGUUUGGGGGGAUAGAAACUAUACAGUGGAUUUGGGGAGAUAGAGGCUAGAAUGUGUGUUUGCUAAGAAUACAGGGAGUGCAGAAUUAUUAGGCAAGUUGUAUUUUUGAGGAUUAAUUUUAUUAUUGAACAACAACCAUGUUCUCAAUGAACCCAAAAAACUCAUUAAUAUCAAAGCUGAAUAUUUUUGGAAGUAGUUUUUAGUUUGUUUUUAGUUUUAGCUAUGUUAGGGGGAUAUCUGUGUGUGCAGGUGACUAUUACUGUGCAUAAUUAUUAGGCAACUUAACAAAAAACAAAUAUAUACCCAUUUCAAUUAUUUAUUAUUACCAGUGAAACCAAUAUAACAUCUCAACAUUCACAAAUAUACAUUUCUGAUAUUCAAAAACAAAACAAAAACAAAUCAGUGACCAAUAUAGCCACCUUUCUUUGCAAGGACACUCAAAAGCCUGCCAUCCAUGGAUUCUGUCAGUGUUUUGAUCUGUUCACCAUCAACAUUGCGUGCAGCAGCAACCACAGCCUCCCAGACACUGUUCAGAGAGGUGUACUGUUUUCCCUCCUUGUAAAUCUCACAUUUGAUGAUGGACCACAGGUUCUCAAUGGGGUUCAGAUCAGGUGAACAAGGAGGCCAUGUCAUUAGAUUUUCUUCUUUUAUACCCUUUCUUGCCAGCCACGCUGUGGAGUACUUGGACGCGUGUGAUGGAGCAUUGUCCUGCAUGAAAAUCAUGUUUUCUUGAAGGAUGCAGACUUCUUCCUGUACCACUGCUUGAAGAAGGUGUCUUCCAGGAACUGGCAGUAGGACUGGGAGUUGAGCUUGACUCCAUCCUCAACCCGAAAAGGCCCCACAAGCUCAUCUUUGAUGAUACCAGCCCAAACCAGUACUCCACCUCCACCUUGCUGGCGUCUGAGUCGGACUGGAGCUCUCUGCCCUUUACCAAUCCAGCCACGGGCCCAUCCAUCUGGCCCAUCAAGACUCACUCUCAUUUCAUCAGUCCAUAAAACCUUAGAAAAAUCAGUCUUGAGAUAUUUCUUGGCCCAGUCUUGACGUUUCAGCUUGUGUGUCUUGUUCAGUGGUGGUCGUCUUUCAGCCUUUCUUACCUUGGCCAUGUCUCUGAGUAUUGCACACCUUGUGCUUUUGGGCACUCCAGUGAUGUUGCAGCUCUGAAAUAUGGCCAAACUGGUGGCAAGUGGCAUCGUGGCAGCUGCACGCUUGACUUUUCUCAGUUCAUGGGCAGUUAUUUUGCGCCUUGGUUUUUCCACACGCUUCUUGCGACCCUGUUGACUAUUUUGAAUGAAACGCUUGAUUGUUCGAUGAUCACGCUUCAGAAGCUUUGCAAUUUUAAGAGUGCUGCAUCCCUGUAUCUGUAUUGUUCUGUGAUUGUUGAUGGGGAGAAAGGGGCUGUAGUGUUGGGUACAGGGGUUAAAGUAAGAGGAUAGUGUGAUGAUAGGGACUGUGGUGGAGGGAUAUUGUUAGAGGGGCUGUAAAAACCUUUAAAUAGGUUUUAAGUUUGAGUCCAUUAGGGACUAGGGAAUCCUGAUCUUUGGUGGUCUGGUGGGGGCACACAACUCCUUCUGGCCGGCGCUAGGGGAAUGUAUCAGAGCACUGCCAUGGUAAGCUGCAGCAACCCUCUGAUACAGUCAAAGUAUCAUGGUGGCCUUGUCUUUGAUUAAGAUUUUCUUAUUCCACACCCACAAUGGAGCCCACUCUCUACUUGAGUGAUAGCCUUGCUGUGGCUGGCCAGGGAAUCUUCUCUGUCAGCCUCAGCCGAAGGCAGGAGAAUAGGCUGGCCCAUGAGGGAGAUAUUAGGUCUCCUCACUGUCUGUGCCGCUCCCCUCUUACCAGGCCUUGGUGGCCUUAUGGCAAAUCCAGCCAUGGUGAUAUGACACGCUCAUCACAAUCAAAACAAAUGCUGUUGAUCACUGUAGUACACAUCUCGUGUUAUACUUUCCCUUUAAAUCGCAACUGCUGUUCCCUUGUAGUUCUGCUCAAUAAUUAAAUAUACAGACAUAUUUAAAAGAACAUUAGACCACUAGUGCAAUAAUAUCAAACAAAAAGUGCAAUUAUAUAAAAUAGCAGUUUCUAACACACAUGGACCUUAGUAGAAGAGGAAUAUAUCAGGGCUAAAACAAAUCUAAGGUCCAUGUGAACUUGGUAUCUGCUGUUUUAUAUUUUUUAAAUAUUUAUUUGACUUUUUAAAUUUUUCCUGACUUUGUUAUUUAAAGGGACUUUCAAGUGCCAGGAAAACAUAUCUGUUUUCCUGGCACUGCAGGACGCUGCAGUGCCCCUCUCCCUCCCACCCCCCAUCCCAUGUUGCUGAAGGGGUUAAAACCCCCCUUAGUGACUUACCUGAAUCCAGCGCCGAUGUCCCUCGGCACUGGGUCAGGUCCACCUGCUCUCCUCCCCCGCCGACCUCAGCCAGCGGGGGAGACCUAAUGCGCAUGUGCGGCAAUGGCCGCGCUCGCAUUAGACCUCCCCAUAGGAAAGCAUUAUCCAAUGCUUUCCUAUGGGGAUAACGGCAACGCUGGAGGUCCUCAUGCAUAGCGUGAGGACGUCCAGCGUUGUUUAAAACACUUUUCCUGUUCUAAGAACAUGGAAGUCCCUCUAGUGGCUGUCUGAUAGACUGCAAUAAUUACCCUUGCAGGGUAAAGGGUGGUGGGAGUUGGCACCCAGAUCACUCCAAUGGGCAGAAGUGAUCUGGGUGCCUGGAGUGUCCCUUUAAGUUUCCAUUUUGCUAUUCACAAAAAUUCACUGCUUAGUGAAUAUUCCACAAGGCCAUAUGUUGCAUACCUGAAUGUUUUGCACAAGAAGGAAAUAAGAAUGUAUGCCUUGUGAUAUUUGCUUGUAAGGUAACCAAGCCUGUAUUUGCAAUGCUAAUAAUUACCUUGUAGAGCACUUUCAACAUAAUUACAUCCUUGCUGUACUAUUUUAUUGACGGCAUAACUAGAAAUGAUAAUGCAAAGCUAAUUAUUGGUUUUACAAAUAGAUAUAUUUCAGUUGAUUUAGCCAGUGUGUCAUCAGAGUAAAUGUCAAAUAAAGCAGGCAUUCCAAUACAUCCAAAUCCAGCGAAAAGGCAAAGGUGAAAAUUUCUUUAAUAACUGUUUACUCAGAAAAUGUUUCAGCGGAGACUGUGUUCUUCCAAGGAGUAAUUAGAUAAGUAAGAAUGACUGAUAUCCUGUGUAUAUCCAUUUUUUAUGGAUACACUAUUUAUUUAUUUAUUUGCUGAUUUAAAAAAAAACAUUUUUAUGGAUGUUAUCAAACUUGUCCAGGAAAUUAGAGAAAUGUCCUUAUUAUGACAUUCAGCAAAUACGUACACAAUAUUAGUACGACUGAUGGAUCACAGGUAGUAGAUUAUGCAUUAUGUUUUGAUAAUUACAUUAUCUAUAAAGGAAUAUUGGGUAUAUUACUGGUAAUGCAAAUGUGAUAAAGUAUGACUCAGAUAAAAGCAAGUGUUUUUAUUUGUUACACACAUUGUUAUGCACUAAAGUGAGAAUUCAACUUAAAUUUUAAAUUUAAGGUCAGAUUUGCUAAAAUUAAAGCAUUGCUGACAUUUUGGCUAUUUUGAUCUUAAAUUUGAAAGUGAAUUUAAAAAAAAAAGUAUUCUCUUAACUUGGGUCUAACUUGGGUAUUCACAAAACAUUGUCUAAGUCAGAAGCUAUUCUUCUAGUUUGGCUAUUUUUACCUAACAAAAUCUAAUUCACUUUGGAUUCUCACUUGUGAAUAACCCUGUUAUACUUAAAGGGACUCUAUAGUCACCAAAGUAACUUUAGCUUUAUGAAGCAGUGUUUGUAUAAAUGAUUAUGCACCUGCAGUCUCACUGCUCAAUUCUCUGCCAUAUAGGAGUUAAAUCACUUUGUUUGUGCAGCCCUGGUCACACCCCCCUGCAUGUUACUUACACAGCCUUCCUAAACACUUCCUGUAGAGAUACCUAAUGUUUAAACUUCCUUUAUUGCACAUUUUGUUUAAUUUAGAAUUUCUUAUUUCCUGCCUUUUAAUAGCAGGAGUCUCCUGCGUAUGAGUAAAGUUUAAUUUACAGAGUAGGAGAUAAAAGCUUCUAAAGCAAGUUAAAAUCUGAUAAAACCAAUGCAGGCCGUGUGAGCACAGCAAUUGAAGGUGUGACUAGGGCCGCAUAAACAGAAAUAAAAGUGAUUUAAUUGAGCAGUGAGACUGCAGAGGCAUUAUCUAUAUAUAGUGAUGUCCCGAACGGUUCGCCAUGGAUGGCGAACAUAUGCGCUGUUCGGUCCGCCCCCUAUGUCAUCAUUGAGUAAACUUUGACCCUGUACCUCACAGUCAGCAGACACAUUCCAGCCAAUCAGCAGCAGACCCUUCCUCCCAGACCCUCCCACCUCCUGGAGAGCAUACAUUUUACAUUCAUUGUGAAGCUGCAUUCUUAGUGAGCUGUCCAGAAGGUGGGAGGGUCUGGGAGGGAGGGUCUGCUGCUGAUUGGCUGGAAUGUGUCUGCUGACUGUGAGGUACAGGGUUAAAGUUUACUCAAUGAUGACGAAUAGGGGGUGGACCGAAAAGCGCAUAUGUUCGCCCUCCGUGGUGAACCGUUUGGGACAUCACUACUUAAUGCUAUUAAGUGGCUGGACUUAAUGCUAUAUAGAAUUGUAUGAGACAAGCCAAGAUCAGGGACACAGAAUGAGACGAGGAGUGAUAAGACAAGCCAAGAUCAAAAAUAUAGUAAAAUCAUACCUUUAUUGCAGUCUGCUGCUGCUGGCUCUGCCCAUGAUCUGCCUGCUUGGCUGAGAUCAUAGAAGUGGUGUUCUCAGCCAAUCCAAAGCUUUCCCAUAGGAAAGCCUUGGUUUAGCUGAGACUGUCAAAGAGACAGAUCAGAGAAAGAGCCACCAAAAGAUAAACACAGCCCUGGCCAAUUAGCAUCUCCUUAUAGAUGGGCAUCUUUGAUAAGCACACAAUGCAACCACAAUACACAUACACUCACACUGCAGUCCCUAGAUGCACAUGCACACACUUUAAAGGCCCUCUCAGCACACACACAAUCUAAAAAGCUCCUAUACGUGAGCAUGUGCUCACACUACAGCCCCUAGUUACACAAACCGGACUUUACAUAGGACACGAGGCCAUGAGUUUAGACUGGAAGAAAGAAGAUUUCGUCUAAGGCAAAGGAAAGGUUUUUUUACUGUAAGAACAAUCAGAAUGUGGAAUUCUCUGCCUGAGGAAGUGGUUUUAUCAGAGUCCAUACAGAUGUUCAAACGGCUACUAGAUGCAUACUUGCAAGAACAGAAUAUUCAAGGAUAUAAUCUUUCAAUGUAGGGUAAUAACUGCUUGAUCCAAGGAUAAAUCUGACUGCCAUUCUGGGGUCAAGAAGGAAUUUUUUUCCUAGCUUGUUGCAAAAUUGUGCUUCAAACUGGUUUUUUUUGCCUUCUUUUGGAUCAACAGCAAAAAACAAAUGUGAGGUAGGCUGAACUUGAUGGACGCAAGUCUCUUUUCAGCUAUGUAACUAUGUAACAUAGUACACCAUAAACAGACUUCUAUAUACACAUACACGCAGUGGUGGAACUACAGUUAGUGCUAAUGUUGCAGUUACACUGGGGCCCAUCUAGUGGCCCGUGCCACCCCAUGGGCAUGUGUCGUCAAGAGCCCAAAACAAUUUUUGCACCAGGGCCAAUUCUACGUUAGCUUUGCCACUGUGCAGCAGCUUCCCUGGCACACAAGCUCUGCCCCUACAUGGAAGAUCGCCUCCUCAUACGCAAGCUCCACCCCAACAUGAAGCUCUGCCCCCACUCUCUAGCAGAGGAUCUUGCAGGAGAAACAGGCCUCUCAGUUCUCCUACAGCCAAAGCCUCCAGUGCCAGGUAGGCUUCCAAAGCAUAGCAUGACAGAGUGAUCUUGUAUGUGUAUGUGCCUGCUACCGAGUGAGCUUGUGUGUGUGUCAGUGAGCUUGUCUGUAGUGAGCUUGUGUGUGUUCAGUGAACUUGUCUGUAGUAAUCAUGUGUGCCAGUGAGCUUGUGUGUCAGUGAGUUUGUCUGUAGUGAGCAUGUGUGUCAGUGAGCUUGUCUCUAGUGAGCUAAUGUGUGUGUCAGUGAGCUUGUCUGUAGUGAGCGUGUGUGUGUUUUAGUGAGCUUGUCUGUAGUGAGAUUGUGUGUGUUAGUGAGCUUGUCUGUAGUGAGCAUGUGUGUCGGUGAGCUUGUCUGUAGUGAGCAUGUGUGUCGGUGAGCUUGUCUGUAAUAAGCUUGUGUGUCAGUGAGCUUGUCUCUAGUGAGCUAAUGUGUGUGUCAGUGAGCUUGUCUGUAGUGAGCGUGUGUGUGUUUUAGUGAGCUUGUCUGUAGUGAGAUUGUGUGUGUUAGUGAGCUUGUCUGUAGUGAGCAUGUGUGUCGGUGAGCUUGUCUGUAGUGAGCAUGUGUGUCGGUGAGCUUGUCUGUAAUAAGCUUGUGUGUCAGUGAGCUUGUCUCUAGUGAGCUAAUGUGUGUGUCAGUGAGCUUGUCUGUAGUGAGCGUGUGUGUGUUUUAGUGAGCUUGUCUGUAGUGAGAUUGUGUGUGUUAGUGAGCUUGUCUGUAGUGAGCAUGUGUGUCGGUGAGCUUGUCUGUAGUGAGCAUGUGUGUCGGUGAGCUUGUCUGUAAUAAGCUUGUGUGUCAGUGAGCUUGUCUGUAGUGAGCAUGUGUGUUAGUGAGCUUGUCUCUAGUGAGAUUAUGUGUGUCAGUGAGCUUUUCUGUAGUGAGCCUGUGUGGGUAUCAGUGAGUUUGUCUGUAGUGAGCUUGUGUGUGUCAGUGAGCUUGUUUGUAGUGAGCAUGUGUGUCAGUACGCUUGUCUAUAGUGAGCAUGUGUGUUAGUGAGAUUGUAUGGGUGUCGGUUAGCUUGUCUGUAGUAAGCGUGGGUGUCAGUGAGCUUGUUCCUGCUUUAAUGAUUCCUGCGCGACUUAGCAAAGGGCUGACAAAUCUCAGGUGCAAGGGCAACAUUUCUAGUCGCCAUGGUGACCUGGCACCUGUAAUUUGUUGAGUCCUGUGUAUGUAUGUAUGUAUAUAUAUAUAUAUACACUGCUCAAAAAAAUAAAGGGAACACAAAAAUAACACAUCCUAGAUCUGAAUGAAUUAAAUAUUCUUCUGAAAUACUUUGUUCUUUACAUAGCUGAAUGUGCUGACAACAAAAUCACACAAAAAUGAAAAAAUGGAAAUCAAAUUUUUCAACCCAUGGAGGUCUGGAUUUGGAGUCACACUCAAAAUUAAAGUGGAAAAACACACUACAGACUGAUCCAACUUUGAUGUAAUGUCCUUAAAACAAGUCAAAAUGAAGCUCAGUAGUGUGUGUGGCCUCAAUGUGCCUGUAUGACCUCCCUACAAUGCCUGUGCAUGCUCCUGAUGAGGUGGCGGAUGGUCUCCUGAGGGAUCUCCUCCCAAACCUGGACUAAAGCAUCUGCCAACUCCUGGAAAGUCUGUGGUGCAAUGUGACAUUGGUGGAUGGAGUGAGACAUGAUGUCCCAGAUGUUGGAUUCAGGUCUGGGGAACGGACGGGCCAGUCCAUAGCAUCAAUGCCUUCGUUUUGCAGGAACUGCUGACACACUCCAGCCACAUGAGGUCUAGCAUUGUCUUGCAUUAGGAGGAACCCAGGGCCAACCAGACCAGCAUAUGGUCUCACAAGGGGUCUGAGGAUCUCAUCUCGGUACCAAGUGGCAGUCAGGCUACCUCUGGUGAGCACAUGGAGGGCUCUGCGGCCCCCAAAAGAAAUGCCACCCCACACCAUUACUGACCCACUGCCAAACCAGUCAUGCUGGAGGAUGUUGCAGGCAGCAGAACAUUCUCCACGGCAUCUCCAGACUCUGUCAUGUCUGUCACAUGUGCUCAGUAUGAACCUGCUUUCAUCUGUGAAGAGCACAGGGCGCCAGUGGCGAAUUUGCCAAUCUUGGUGUUCUCUGGCAAAUGCCAAACGUCCUGCACGGAGUUGGGCUGUAAGCACAACCCCCACCUGUGGAUGUCGGGCCCACAUACCACCCUCAUGGAGUCUGUUUCUGACCGUUUGAGCAGACACAUGCAGAUUUGUGGCCUGUUGGAGGUCAUUUUGCAGGGCUCUGGCAGUGCUCCUCCUGUUCCUCCUUGCACAAAGGCGGAGGUAGCGGUCCUGUUGCUGGGUUGUUGCCACAGCUCACUUUUUGCCACAGCUCGCAUUGAUUGCCAUCCUGGAUGAGCUGCACUACCUGAGCCACUUUUGUGGGAUGUAGACUCCGUCUCAUGCUACCACUAGAGUGAAAGCACAGCCAGCAUUCAAAAGUGACCAAAACAUCAGCCGGGAAGCAUAAGAACUGAGAAGUGGUCUGUGGUCACCACCUGCAGAACCAUUCCUUUAUUGGGGGUGGCUUGCUAAUUGCCUAUAAUUUCCACCUGUUGUCUAUCCCAGUUGCACAACAGCAUGUGAAAUUGACCACUUCCUAAGUGGACAGUUUGGUUUCACAGAAGUGUGAUUGACUUGGAGUUACAUUGUGUUGUUUAAGUGUUCCCUUUAUUUUUUUGAGCAGUGUGUGUGUGUGUGUGUGUAUGUGUGUAUAUAUAGUGUUCAAGUAGAGAUUGUAGCCGUAUUAGACCAAUAAAAAAGGUAUCACAAGAUAUUUAUAUAUAUAUAUAUAUAUAUAUAUAUAUAUAUAUAUAUACACACAUUUUAUAACUGCCCCCCUACUUUUGUCCCUGGCCUCUCAUGUGCCCCCACCUAAAUAUGAAUCCUCGAGACGCCACUGCUUAUAGAGAUGCAUUGAAUCAAUGCAGCUCUAUGAGGAAUGUUCAGUAUCUCCAUGUAAGUGGUGCAGCACUGUCCCAGGAAGCACCUCUAGUAGCCAUAUGAGUGGCCAGUGGAGGUAUCCCUAGGCUGUAAUCUAAACACUGCCUUUUUUCUGAACAGACAAUGUUUACUGCAAAAAGCCUGAAGGGACUUAUUAUAUUCACCAGAACAAAUUCCAUAAGCUGUGGUUGUCCUGGUGACUUUAGUGUCCCUUUAAAGUGUCCUUCUUUGUCCAUUUGAAAUAUUGGGAGGAAUGGAUACAUGUUGGGUAUCAUUGUAAUGGAGUAUUCAGAAUGCAAAUAUGGGGUAUUUACAUUAGUGGGACCACACAUAAUUGGCUUACACCCAAAUUUCAUUAUUAUUAUACUUUAUUUCUUGAAGAGCUUACACAAACUAUCUUUUUAUCUUUUUGUAUUGCACAUUUUAACAGUCAGGACUAAUUAGUGAUUUUAUUAUGUUUAGUUUUCUUUAGUUGCACUUGUUUUGUAGAAGAUAUUAAAUGUAAAACAAUUUUAAUUUUUUAAACAUUUUCAAUAUUUAAUGUUUUGUUAUGUAUACAUAAAGGGUAUCAAAAGAAAGCCCCUUUUCUCAUAUAACAAAUUAUAUUUAGCAUGCAUGGGUACACUUAAGCAGAAAGGUAGAUAUUGUGGUAGAAUGUAAGCAUGGCAAAAGUGCCAAAAAGGCUUUGGUAACAAAUGUGUCACAUCUGAGUAGAGCCUUGGUUCUUAAGUGGUAAAAUCAUAUUACAAAUUCAUUAGCUCACUAGUUGGCACUAUAUUGAAAACACCAUCAACAACCAAACAAGAGGUGGUAGUGUUGCCUGAGAUAUGUACGUGGGUUUGUCAGAAAUUCCUAAUUUGACCCAUGUGAACAGUAAAACUAUCCCUACUAUAAAAUAUAAAAAUCCAAUUUAGGGUAAGUAACGUUGAGAAAAUAAUCAUAUAAUUGAGAAAUAUUAUUAGAACACACGUCAGAUCAAUCAUGGAUAAGCAAUAGAAUAAAACCAAAUGGCUCUGUUUCCUUCUCAAUCAACAACAAAAAAGAAAAGUAAAGUGCUGUCGUGGAGAACCUGCAAGGUCAAAAUGGGCAAAAUUGGCAUACAAUAAUAAAACAUUACUGAAUGGGACACUCUCGGCAUCAGUACCACUACAGCUUAAUGCAGUGGUUCCGGUGCAAGGAUCCUGUCCCUGCAGUCUAAUCAAGGGAAAUAUAAUGCAAAAUUUACAUUGCUUCCUGAGGCCACCACUAGUGGCUGUCAUUCAUACAGACACUAGAGGGGCCUCCCGGGGGAAUCUUUGAGUCAAUGCAUCUAUAUAAGGAGAUGCAUUGCCACACAUACACAGUAUCCCGACAAUGCUUCCCUGUGGAGCGGUGUUAUAUUGGAUGAGAUCAUCAGUAAUGAUGAUCUCAGCCAGAGACAGAGCUGUAGCCACGGGAUAUAACUUAAGCAAAUCUGCAUAUUUUAUUACUUCUGGGAGGAGGCAUAAAACUAAAUGGGUAGUAUAAUACUCUAAUCUUAGGAAGAUAUUUUUGUAUUUCUUUAAAAAGUGUUUAAAAAAAAUACAUUACACAACUUGCAGUAUGGGCGUCUCUCUCUUUAUUGUUAUUAUUUUGGUCUUUCUAGAUCCCAUACCAAUAACUCAAUAACCUAAGUCGAUCAUUUAAUACUUAUCAUUGAUGACUUAUUUAGAGCUGAUUUACUUUCCACCAUAAGUCCAUAGAUAUCAAGUGAGUAGGUGGUGCCUUUGCACAGCAGUAGGAUAUUUUGUGUUGAAUAUAGAAAUAUUGUAUUGUGAAUUAUUUAUUAAUUGUCACUGUUUCUAAGUGUUAUUAUUUAGGAGCCACCACUGAUGCGGCUACAAAGAUCCUAAAUGAAGUUACCCGGCCUAUGAGUGCUCACAUACCAGUUGACAAAAUCUGUGAAAGACUCCGGAAAACAGACAUUCAGAUCUGUGAGCUGAAAUAUGGUAUGUUGCUAGUAAUAUUCAAAACAACUUUGGGGGGUUCAGGAAGCCCACUCAAACUAAAAAAAAAGCAAAGAAAUAUUCUGUGCACAAAAAUGUUUUAUAGUUACUACUUCUUCCUCUUAGUACUGUCCAAUCUAAGCCAACCCUGCGGUUUCACAUCCUACACACACCUGGGAUCAGUGGUGUAUUCUAGUUUUGUGCUGCCCUGGGCAUGACAAAGAUCGGGCACACCCCCCCCCUUUCCAAAUUUCUCUGUCUGAGAGACAAACGCCCUCACUGAUGCAUGCACUGACAUAAAUUCACUGACAAAUACAGUCAUUGUCACACACACUGUAUAACCAACACACACAUUCACAGACAUACACACUCACUUAUUCACUGCUACACACACACACACACACACACACACACUUAUAUUCACCGAAACACACAUUCACCAACAGACACAGAUACACACCGACAGACACGCAUUCACACUCACUGACAGACACUGACAGAAAUGCAUACACACUCACUGACAGACACACACUGACAGAAAUGUAUACACACUCACUGACAGAUUCACAUUCACUCAGUGUCAGACACACACACUGAGACACACAUAUACUAACUGACAGAUACACACUGACAAACACACAUAUACACUCACUGACAGACAUAUAUACACUCAGUGUCAGAGAAACACAUUCACUGACAGACACACACUGACAAACAUACACAUUCACUGACAGACACACACUCUCAGUGACAAACACAUAUACACGCUCACUGACAAAAAAACCUACACUCUCACUGACAAACACAACUACACACUCACUGACAAAAACAUAUACACUCUCAGUAACAGACACACACACACAAUUUUUUAUUUUUAAAGUUUAAUCCACGCAGCCACCCUACCUUUGGGAGUGCUGGAGUGGAUUCUUCCCUGGGGUCCAGUGGGCCUGGCUGCAGAUAGGCGGGCAGGCACAGUGGAGGUGGGCGGCGAUGGAGCACUGAUCUUCCUGCUCAGUUCCCUCGUGUGCCUCUCAGGGAUGCCAGGGCCGGAGUUAUUCAAGGGACAAGGGAACUGAGGAGGGGAGAGUGCUCCCUCAGCGCCUGCCUCAAUUAUCAGCGCAUGCCAGCCUGGGGGGCUAUGGCGUUGGGGGCCGGCUUGCUUAGCCAGGAUAUGUCCAUCCAUGAGAUGUCCCCAGGUUCUGCUUGCAAACAAUUAUCAGCUCAGAUUUUAUUAAGCAAAACCUGCUGAAAAUGAUGUGUACUUGCAAGUUGAUGCCCAGGGAUUAUGAUGAGAAACUUACAGAGCUGCGCACAGGGGUUAGUCUGUAAACCGUGAACUGUCAGGCAUUUAUGAAGGACUUUCUAAUUUUACAUCAAAAUAACACAUUUGAAAACAUUCUACAAUUGUAUUCCACAUAGUCUAAUUUGGCCUAUAUAUUGCCAUACCUUGUUUUAUUCCCAACAAAUCCCAGGUUAGUGAAUAGCCAUUUACGUUCCUGUUUUCUCAAAUCCAUCUGCAUACGUAAAGCCCCCAUCAAAGUUAUGGCAAAUAUUAAGUUGUGAGAGAGUUAUGAAAGAAAACAGGCACCAAUUAUAGAAAUAUGAGCUUAAAAAGGAUACACAUUUGAACACGAGUUUGAUGUAAGAUAUGGUUUCAAAAGUUUAAACUUUUGCUUCUUUCUGGUGCUAUCUUUCCCUUUUGUGUCUGUAGAUGUGUUCACAGUUUUGACAACAUAUUCAUAGUUAGGUCCAGACUGGGCAUCGGGAAAAUGCCAGUAGGUCGCAAUGGCUGUGGGCCGAGGCUGGCAGGGAAGAUCAAAGGAUCAAAUGCAGCAGGGACCAGAGUGAAAGCUACCGGGGAAAAUUUGCCAGAAGCUCUAAUUUUGUCAGAGCAUUACAAUGGUAACCUGCGGUGAUGCUCUGAAAAAUUGACACUUGCAAGAGGGAGAGACAUGGUCUGUACCACAUAACUAGCCCAUUGGAACCAUUGGAACCAGGAAUCAGUGUGCUCCUUGUCCCCCUGCAAUGUAAUAAGAGGGAGGGGGUAGUAAAUGUGUGUAUUUAAAAAAAUAAUAAUUACAUUGGUAGACUAAUUAUUUAAGCCCUUAUCAUAUGCCUUAUAUACACACUACACCCCAUGCACUUACAUACAAACACACUACAAACACUCUAAGCCCCCUACAUCCACACUUCACCCCAUGCACUUACCCACAAAUAUGCUACACACACACACACACACUCUAAGCCCCUAUAUAUAAAUGUGACGGACCGCCGGCACUCCAACCGAGUACCUCCGCCAGUCGAUGCUCCUAGUGCUUUCCGAGGGCUCCAAGCACUCCACCAGACACCAUAAGUACUGCAGACCCCACUUCCAGCGAUGCAGCUGUGCCGGGGUCUCACCGUCCUUCACCCACCCUGGACCCAAGACCAAGGUCCAGCUUCUAGUGGGCAGACCUCUCCUCAUCUGGAGAGCGUAGCAGGAACAAGCUCUUACAAGACCAAGUGAUUAUAUCCUGGGGAGUAUAGUGAUUAUAGCAAUCCCCAGAGUGUAGCUUUCCAAUCUCCCAAACAUGACCCAAGACUUCAUGAAGGGGUAAGCAGGUCUGCUUAACCCCUUAAGGACACAUGACUUGUGACAUGUCACGGUUCCCUUUUAUUCCAGAAGUUUGGUCCUUAAGGGGUUAAUGCAAGCCAGCACUUACAAUUUAUAUAGUUUUCCCCACAAGGUUACCACCCAGUGGUAAGACAAUAAAACACAGUUUUCCAUUCAGUCAUUCCCAUACAGUGUACACAAUCCCUCCCCUCUGCCUGUGAUAUAAUUAAUGAAAACAAUGGACUAACUCAAUUAACUCUAAGCAGAAAAAAAUUUUUUUUACAAACCCCAAAAAGUACCCCAAAAUACAACAUAUCACAUCCCCUGACAGUCCCGAUCUGGGUAAACAACAUAUCCAAAAAUCCCCCAGAUCGGUUCAGGGGUUCAGGAAUUUCCUGGAAGUCUUAUUUUUGCCCCACCAUGCACAUGGUCCCAUGCCCAAAACAGUUCCAUACACUCGACGACAAAACACUGCUGGACAAUUUAAGAUGGCGCCGCCACAUGUUUUAAUCUGUUCCAGUUAAAAGUUCAAGGGGCAGAAACAGUACUUUUGGACAUGGGUUAUCACAGGGCCCAUAGUCCCAGAGUAGGAGGCUGGGAAACAGGCCCCUCCAAAAACCAGUGGCGAAGUUGCUUUUGUCACAAUAAACAUAGAAACAUAGAAUGAGACAGCAGAUAAGAACCAUUUGGCCUAUCUAGUCUGCCCAAUUUUCGAAAUACUUUUAAAUAGUCCCUGGCCUUAUCUUAGUCUAGGAUAGCCUUAUGCCUAUCCCACUCAUGCUUAAGCUCCUUUACUGUGUUUACCUCUACCACUUCAGCUCGAAGGCUAUUCCAUGCAUCCACUACCCUCUCUGUAAAGUAAUACUUCCUGAUAUUAUUUAGAAACCAUUGCCACUCUAAUUUAAGACUAUGUCCUCUUGUUGCUAGUUGUUGCUAGUUUUUCUUCUUUUAACUAUAUUCUCCUCUUUUUUUUUUUUUUACUGUGUUGAUUUAUGCUAGCAUUUCCUGCUGCUCUAUUACAUUGUCUGCCUGCCUUUAGGCCAUUACUCCUAAAUCCCUUUCCUCAGAUGUUGAGGUUAGUAGGGUAUCAAAUAUUCUAUACUCUUCCCUUGGGUUUUUACACCCAUUAUGCAUUAUCUUACACUUACCCACAUUAAAUGUCAGUUGCCACAAAUUUUAGUAUCAUUUCUGCAAUAUCACCAAUAAAAAUAUUAAAGAGAAUGGCUACGAGUACAGAUCACUAGGUAUGUGCAUGGGGAAAAUUUUCGGCAUUUUGGAAUUUCAGGACUUCGGCACUUCUCUUGCAGCCCCUUAGUAGAUAACUCCCUAAUUCCUACGGUAUUAGGGAGUUAUCUACCAAAAGGCUGAAAGACCUGUGGGGCUAGAGUUCACUCUCGCGUGAUUUAAGCGUUGCCGUGGCAAUACUCAUAUCUCGCGAGAGGAACCCGGCGGAGCUACUGGCAAGAGCUCCGCCGGUCCUCUCCUGCCUCCCUCCCUGCAUGUGGGUCGGUGGGGAGGGAGGCUGAAAGCAGAGCCGGCGCUCGGAUAGCGCCGGCUUUGCAUGAGCCAACAGGGGAGAUCCUGAGAUCUCCCCUGCCGGUCUCAAUAUACAUAGGCGUGCCGCGGGGAUUAGGGUGUGCCCAGGCACACCCGGCACACCCCGUGCGUACGCCUAUGUCCAUUGAUAGCCUUGGUAGAUAUGCACAUAUAUGGUUAAAGGUAAAUGCUGUUAAGAUUUUGCUAUAGCAAUGCUGUAGCAUACAUAAACAUCAAAUUUGUCAUAUUCACAGUGGCAGGUCACUAACUGUCACCUUCUCUCCUGACUCCAACUGAUUCUCUCAUUUUAGUAUUUUUUUGCCACCUGGGAUAAUGAUGCCAUGCAAAUAUAAGAAAUAAAUAAACUCAAACGACGUUGAUGAAGCACUUUAAUUUUACAUUUAUCUUGUUUAUACAGAGAAACAAUUGGACCUGGAGUCAAUGGACCUGGCUAAGAUGAAAGUGGCAGAACUUAGGAAGAUACUAGAUGGAUGGGGUGAGACAUGUCGAGCCUGCAUUGAAAAAACAGACUUUGUGGAGCUUAUAAAAGAGUUGGCCCCGAAAUAUACAGCGGGAAGCCAGAAGGCGGAUCUUUAACAAUGUGCCAGCCUACUGCAGAAUGAAUUGUCAUUAUGAAGUGUACUUCCAGAGCUUGAAGAAUUUCUAAAAUAUUCACAAAAUAAACUGAAUGUAACGAUAGACUGUGCCAAAUAAAGUUGAAACAAUAUGAUGGAAUUAUCACAUUUUUCCCCAGGAAGUCUACACUGGAUAUUUUAUAGUAAAAUGUACUUUUCUUUAGUAAUGCUUAUUAAACGUGGCAUGCUAUUAAAACUUGACAUGAGAAGUCCCUGGGAUGUAAGGGGAAGCUUGGUUAAAACAUUUACUCUCAAGUAACCAUAUAAUUGAGGACACUAAUAAUAUAUUGCUGGUUGCAAUCUUAGCAACAACAAACUGCAUUCAACUAACCUAAUUGUAUAUUCCGUCCCCCUAAAUACAGUAUUACGCACUUGUCACCAGUUCUGCCCCCUCAAAGAGCCAGUGGUCACCAACUUAAUGAAUGCUAUAGUGAUCCUCACCACCAAGUGCAAUUACAGAAGAAUCCUGAGCACUCUCGACACUUGUAGUGAUCAGCACCUCACAACAUAAAGAUUUAAGAGGUAAGCCAUCUCUCCAGCACAAUAAAACUCAAAAUAAAUUAUAUUCCUGCCUCUCCACCUAGGUUGGCAUCAAGGUGUGCCUAUAAUCAUUACCUAAAAGCCCUGUAAAAG